CGUGUCCGUAACUGUUGAAUCACAGCUCACUCUGAGGAGGUGUUGAAGCCACUGCUCAGACUGCUGGAUCGUUUUCACGGUUUAACAGAUUCAUACGAGGAAACCUGAGCAAAGUAACGCUUCUUCUGUGUGAAUGUAACGUGUGCCAGAGGAAAUGGUCGAAAAAAUCUAAGCUUAUGUGAUGGCAGAGCUACCAUCCGGACUGCUGGAGGCGUGUGUGGUAGUUGGAGCCUCCAGUGAUAAGCUUCGAGACAUAUACCAGCUUCAUCAGCAGAGUAAGUUAGACGAGUUCCCCGUGCUGGAAGCUGAGGUACUGCAGGUCCAUGCCCCGCCCUUUGUUUCCAAGGAGACUAACUCGAGCCAGGCGAUUGCGCCGGCCUUCAGUCGUGUCCAGAGGAGGAGGAGUUUUAUAAAGAAGAAGAGGCGAGAUCGUGCUGCAGAGGUUCUAUCUAAUGGAGAGUCAACCAAUCGUACUGAAGUGUCCUCAGUUACAGAAGACAUCAGUGUUCCAAAGGAUCUGGACCUCAUUGCCUUGCCGCAGCUCUGUUUCCCUGGUGGUCUCCAGUUGGCCAAUGAGCAGAAAGAAGACAGUUAUCACUUCCUGGUUUUCACUGACCUAUUUGGGAACCGAACCCAUGGAGUUGUUGUGCACUACUACAGAGCAGUACAGUCCUGUCUGGAAGGCUCCAUCCAGAAUGGACACAGGUGGAAUUCAUCAAAGUCUCGUCUUUAUACACCCUUUGCUUUGUGUGUGAUCUCCAAGUUCCCGUACUACAACGCUCUGAGAGACUGCUUGUCAUGUCUCCUGGUCCAGCUGCGUCCUGCAAGACAAGCUGACUUUGAGGAGACCAUCAAAGAAUUUUCAGCCAAGCUUUCGCUGGUCCCUCUACCACCUCCUGGACAGCUACAUGUGUCAUUUACUCUCCGUCCUCUCCAAGUGGUUCUUCCAUCGAGGGAGGAUCAGGACAGCCCUGUUAUCGACAUUGACCUGCAUUUACCAUUUCUCCGUUUCAGCCAUACAACACUACUCCAGGUGCUGUCAUGCCUCCUUCAGGAGCAGAGGCUGGUUUUAUUUUCCGCUGACUGGGCCAGACUCACUCUGGUGGCAGAGAGUUUGCUGCUGUACCUGCAGCCUCUGUCCUGGCAGCAGCCCUAUGUUCCCGUCCUGGCUCAAGGAAUGCUCGACUUUCUCAUGGCUCCUACAGCCUUCCUCAUGGGCUGUCACGCCAGUCAUUUCGAGGAGGUGGCUGCAGAGACAGAAGAGCUAAUCCUGGUGAACAUUGAUGAUGGCAUCAUUCAAUUGUCGUGGUCUGAAACCAUGGAUCUACCAUCUAUUCCUCUGGCAGCAGCUGAGAGCUUUACGUCAAGGGCAGAGUGUCUUCAGCUUCACUAUGACUUAGAGCUGUGUCACCUCGGAGCAGGCACAGAUGCCAAUGCCCUGCGAUCCCAACGCAGAGACUGGCAGGCACGCCUCAACAAACAAAUACAGAACAUCACCCUGGAACUAGUGGUCAACAUAUUCAGGGGUGUUCAGGACUUUCUAAACCAUGAACACAGAGUUUUUAACAGUGAGGAGUUUCUGAGGACCAGGGAGCCAGCAGACCAGUCCUUUUACAAGAAGGUAUUAGACACUCAUAUCUUCCACUCAUUCCUGCGAGACAGGCUGAACAGGAAACGGGACACCUUCAGCUGCAUGGAGCAAAACACAAGAAACCAUGCACACAGGAAUCGAGUGAUGACAGAGUCUCCUCGGCGUCCUCCCAUGUCUGAGCUAUCCAGGACUGGUUACAGCAGCUACACCAGUCCUGAUAACAGACUGAGCAAGCGGCUGGGAGCCAGCCUACCUAACCUGGAACAACCUGCCAAUGACACUUUACCUACCAUCAGGUCCAACAGACCAGCCUCCCUCAGGAAAAUGACUCCCGAUUCUGGCUUAAAGUUUCCUCAGAAGGCUGCGAAGGUUUUCCGCCUCCCAGAGUUCCCCCCUCCGCUGGCCUAUCAUUACGUCCAGAACUACUAUUCCGAAAUGGUUGCUUCCCUGGGGAAGUCUAUUAAUGCGACACCACCAGACGAGUCUGCUCUGCUGGCCAGGUAUCACUACCUGCGUGGUUUGGUGAACACGGUGUCUAACAGGCGCCUGGAUGCACUGGAGGACUUCCAGAGUCUUUAUAAGACUGACUCAGAGAUCUUCCCCUCCCAGAUGGUGAAGUCAUUGGUUGACUCUCUGCCAGAGGCUGAACGGUUACAGGCGGACAGACGGCAGGAAAUUAAACGUCUUAUCAGUCGGGUCAAGUGGGACCAGGAGCGGGAACGUGCGUGCCAUGGCAACGGGCAGGAGGAAGGUGCAGUGAAGCGCUUCCAGCUGCCGAAAAAGUACAUGCACCUGGAGGAGUUUGUGAAAUGUGUCCAGGAGUCCGGCAUAGUAAAAGAUCAAGGAACCAUACACAGACUCUUUGAUGCCCUCACAGUUGGUCAUCAGAAGCAGGUUGGUCCAGAUUUGUUUCGAGUGUUUUACACCAUCUGGAAGGAGACUGAGGCCGAGGCUCAGGAGGUGUGCUUGCCUGCGUCUGUCUUGGAGCACAUUGAGCCCAGCGAGUGCGUCUUCAAGCUGUCCUCCUCUGUGAAGACGAGCCGCGGCGUGGGGAAGAUCGCCAUGACUCAACGACGGCUUUUCCUGCUAACCGAUGGACGCCCGGGAUAUGUGGAGGUGGCACAAUAUCGCGAUUUAGAGGAGGUGAAAAUGUCCUCCGCUCCCUUCCUGCUGCUGCGAAUCCCCAGCCUGAAGCUGCGAGUGUGGGGAAGAAAGGAGACGUUUGAGGCCAAUUUGAAAACGGAGACUGAGCUAUGGAACCUGAUGGUCAAAGAGAUGUGGGCCGGGCGCAACAUGGCAGACCAACACAAGGACCCCCAGUACAUGCAGCAGGCUCUGACCAAUGCCUUGUUAAUGGACGCAGUGGUUGGCAGCCUCCAGAACAGUAAAGCCAUCUAUGCUGCUUCCAAGUUAGCUCACUUUGACCGCAUCAAGAUGGAAGUGCCCAUGAUGGUUCCCAAGACUACCGCAGACACACUUAAGCACAAAAUUAACCCUUCGCUGGAACUGGCUACACCUCAGGCUGUAGAUGUACUUCUAUACACACCAGGUCAGUUAUGGGUGUCUGUGAGCGGGGGGAAGGUGAUGGUGUUUGAUGCCUCCAGCUGGUCCCUCACACACACCUGUCAAGUUGGGAAUGCAAGACUGAACUGCAUGCUGGGUGUUGAUAAGGACCAGGUCUGGAUGGGAUCAGAGGACUCAGUGAUCUACAUCAUCAGCAUGGUGGCCGUGGUCUGUAACAGACAGCUGACCGAACACAGGGCGGAGGUCACCGGACUGGCACUAGACACAGACAAAUACAGCCAGAAGGUGGCGUACUCCUGCAGCGCAGAGGGAAGCGUCAUGGUGUGGGACAUCUCAACACUACAGGUAAAGAGGCAGUUCCGCCUCUCCUGCGACCGCCUGCAGUCUGUGUCCACCUGUAACGGAACGCUGUGGUGCUGCUCUAGGGAAAAUAUCAUGGAAGUGUGGAGAAACGGUUCAGUGAAACAACGUCUGAAUUUACCAGAGCAACAAAAAGGAUCCGCAGCUACGUUCAGUUCUAUUCUGCUGUUACCGGAGAGAGAGGAGCUGUGGAGUGUUUGUGUGGACUCAGGAGAAGUGUGCGUGUGGCACAUUAAGGACACUACAAAACCAUUUCACCGGGUGUCUCUGCAGGACUGCAGCGGGUGUUACUGCAUGAUCAAAGUUAAAAACCAGGUGUGGGUUGGUGGUGUUGGCCGCAGUUCUACCAAAGGGAAGGUUUACAUCCUGGACACAGAGCGCCAUCAGGUUCUGAAGGAGCUUCAUGGCCACAACGACAAGGUGAAGUCGCUCUGCUCUGCUGAGGAUCGGUACGUGCUCAGCGGAGCUGGCAAACACGAUGGAAAGAUCGCCAUCUGGAAGGUGGAGUAGUGCAGUUGACUGGAAGUGAGACAUUUUUUUUUUUUUUUUAAAGUUGGAUUGUUCGAACACAAUGAAGCUACUCUAAAUCUUCACCUGAACUGGAAAAAAAAACCUGAGGCUGAGAUCUGGGGAACGAAGAGAGAAUUUGUUUUUUAAUGGAGCAAGAAGAGAUGGAUGAAAAUCAAAACCUCUACUUGUUUUUUCAGUCUCGGCGAUAUGAAGGAAUCACAAGUCAGUCGUGUGGAGCGACACGUUUACAUAGAGCGUCACCGUCUGAGCAGCCUCUCCCUCUGACUGUUAAGUUGUAUUUAAUAAGACGAAUAUGUCUCAAUUGUUUGCAGACAAAAACCUAACAGCACUAACACAUUUUUUUUAAAGUUCUAUGAAGGACAAAUGAAGACUGAAAGAAAGGCGCACGUUUUGCUUAAUGUUUCUUUAAUCCAAAGUUCCAUGCUUCACUGAAGGUUUAUGUUUUUUCUCGUAUUUUUAUACCGUGCAGUAUUUAAUGCCUAACCCUGUUUAUGAGGUUUGAUCACACUAGUAUUAUGUGGAAACAUUUUGUGACUGAGCCUUGCCUCCAGCUGUGAGUCUGAUGUGAGCUCCUGCAGCUCAAAGGAGUCAAACUACCCUGAAAACAAAAACUGCUGUGAUUUCAGCUGCAUUGUGGGAAAGGCACUGAAAUUAUUUGGAUGGGAGUUAUGCAAUAUUGGACAAUGUACAGUUGACAUGAAACAUAAUGGAAACUGAAAGACUCAAACAUGUUUAAGAGCAUCUCAAAAGGAACAAGUUAUGUCCUGAAAGUGGAAACUGAUAGAAACACCGAAAAUAGCCAUUUCACAGUGAACUGCUCGUGUUGUACCUCAUAACUUUACUUCAAAGUUUCUACAGUUGUCUCUUUGUUCCUACAGCAUUUCUUUCAUCUGUUUUCUGGUUUAUAACACAGUAUAUUAAAAUGUUUUCCUGUUCUGGGGGCUGGAGCCGAUCCCAGCUGUCAUUGGGCAAGAGGCGGGGGUACAUCCU